UAUUAAUAUUAUGUAGUUUACCAUGGUUUACGCAGCGGAAAACCCCGAUCCAUCCAGGGCAAGGAUUUGCGCGGAACAAACGAAGGUCUUCGUCUUCUACUGACUGUUCUUCCCCUCCUUUUGCCGUCUUUUUCAACACGAUGGCGUUCCGUUGUGUUAUGAACGGAGCAGUCUGAACGGCACCUAUCAUGCCGGGCCAUGAGCAUGGGGUUUCUGGACUGCCCUGUGGAUCUACAAUCUGCAGUGAAGUAAGUUAGUUCCUGCAAGAGACCAAACGAAGAACGCGUCAGUAUUGUGAGAUGCCAAUGUGCUGUUCCUGGCUGUGUCGGCUCUUCUCGGCCAGGACUUGAUCAACCCACCCAGCUGCCGCAGUGCGGUGUAUGCACGUAGUCCCUGGAGCAGUGUCACUGCGUUUUCAUCAUCGCGCCCAACACAGCGUGGAGAGGAGAGAAAGACGCCAGGCGAUUUAGCGCUCUUCUAUCCGAGCGGCAGGAACAUCGCACAUGUCGGACAUGGCGACCGUUUCCGCCUUCCGCCAGCCUAGGAAAAAGAAAGCGGAGAGGGAUGGAGCGCUUCGGGCUAGGGCACCACCAUCCACGGGCAUCAGCAGGGAGGAACGUGCAUGGGUGCACUCCGACGAUCUGUUCCUCGACUACCUCAAGGCCCACUCUGCUGAGCCGUGCUUCCAGCAGCUGGUCACAUUCGAAGCUGGACUGGAGAAGGAGGUGAGCCUUGAUAUUGCCAGUCCAGAACGAGCAUCUGCUGAAUCUGUUUCGAUGAUUCGCUACAUCAAUGCAAUAGUUCAGCAUAAGCGAGGAGUGACCAAACCUGCCCCUAGCCUCAAGGAAGUGGUCAGCUUGACUCUAGAAGAAUGGCUGAUCAAGAACCGGAUAACUUGGUUUAUCAAAUCCCGCUUCCGCUCGGAGAUGGAGCUGUGUCGGCUGAUGCGUCUUUGUACACCUCUCAUUUCCCGGGUCAUUGCGAGUAACUGGAAUGCGCUUGAUGCCCAGCUGUAUCUAAUCGACGCUGUCCUGGGAAGCUCGCCGAAAAGGCGCUACCCUUCGCCCAUGGCUGGCACCGAUGGGGCAACGUCACCCUCGAACUACCCCGGUGAAUUUGACGUGCUGGGUCUGAGUUCUCUGGACGGUGACGAAGAGUUCCGCUGGUUUAGCCGAAAUGACGGCGGUGCUGCCACCUCGUCAGUUGGAGCCAGGGAACGCAGAACCGGCGGUGCAAGCAAUCCUUCGGCUGCGUCAGGUCGAGCAUCCACAGGACACGGCAGCAAUGCUCGGUCACGUCCCGGAGCGUCAGGCGUUCCAGCAUCGUCAAAGCUAGUUGUGGACAAUGACGGUAAUGUUCAGGAAGAGGAUGAAUAUAUCAGUGAUGCGGAAGAUCUGGAUAUCUCUCUAAUUGAUGCUGACGAUCACCCGAGCUCUCAGUAUGCACUUGUUCCAGAGGUUGAAUAUGGUGAUAGCCCGCUAUCGCAAAUACCGGGUAUGUCUCCUGGUAUUUCAGAUGAAGACCGAACACAAGUACAGUCUCCAUCAUCACCAGAGAGCAUACGACAGGAUCGGAAAUCAAAGUCUGAGUCUCCGCAGCAUGUUAGUUUCCCAUCUUCCAGGCGAUCGGCAAACCGGACACCAUCAACGCCAGUGGUACACCAAGGCGAAGCGAGUUCACACGACAGUCCCCGUGAUGCAUCUCGAGCUUCAACGCAGUCCCGCGACACUCUUCAAGCGCCGCUUGCUUCGCCAGGGCAAUCUGCGGAGCACGGAGAGGGCGCUCCUCAGCACGCUCCUCCGCCAUCAGGCCCCGUCAGCUCAGCAGAUUGGGUUGUUGAUGACGGGCGGACGACACAGGUUACCAUGUUUGAUGGUAUUGGGCAUGACCAGCAGGGUGGCGCGCAGUCCUCCGCUUCUACCGAACUGCAGGACACAGAACCUCCCACAUGGUCACAUUCACGAUGCUCAUCGUGCGAAGAGUCGCUAGACCUGCCCAACCCACCACAGACAUCAAGCGAUCUUAGACGAUACAUCCUCCGCUUGGCAUCACCUGACUCGAUCUCGUCGGCAACGACAAGCGAUAGCAGUUAUCGACAGUAUGAUAACGUUAUUGAAGAAAGUUGCUCUUCUGCUGAACCAAUGGACCACAACCAACAGCAGGGAGGCACAGAGUCCCUCCGUGCAAGUGCAGGGGAACAGCGGUGCCAGUCUGUUUCAUCCACAGAGCGACGUUCAUGGAAAUCACGACGUUCCAGAAGUGCUCCGGAUGUUAGCACAAGGACUGCGGAUAGCAGCUUAGAUCGACAGCGUUCGGCAAAGCAGCAUCGGCGAAAACGACCGGCAUCCGCACCCUCUUUGAAUAGACCACACCGAUCAGGCAGCAAUAAGCUCUCUCUAUCCACCGUUGAUGAGGAAGUCCGAGAUGGCGCCAGCACACGUGAUGAUUCUGAUGCUUCUGCUUCUGCUUCCGUGGACUUUUCUGGAGUUGUUGGAGGCAUCGGUGAUGCAGGUUCUCUUAGGGAUCCUAGCGUUGCUGAAAAACUAGGUGUGGAUGUAGUCGACAGUCUUUAUGCCAGUUCCAGUGGUGGUGACACUGUGUCCGUUGUCACUGCUGAUUCUGCUGAUACUGCUGAGGAUGCUGGGACUGCCGUCAGCGGUAAUCAUGGUGGUGAUCAUGGCAGUGAUGGUGAUGGUGAUGGUGGUGGUGGUGAUCAUGGUCCUACUGCCCGAGACACCGCAGAUUCUGGCCCAGGCGCUCGACCAGCCGGCAGAAGUCGCGCAAACUCCAACCCCAAUAUGGACGCUUCUGGCGGCGUUGCGACCGGUAGCGGAUCUCGAGCCGGUAGCGCACAGCAAAGUGGCGGCUCGGCACCAGAGGACUCCUAUCACAUGCGACUGGCCAAGUUUGAAGCCAUGGCUCGUCCACAACAGACUGGUCUGCUGGAUAUCAGCACCAAGAUCAACAAAACAGGAGACGAGAGACCGGUCAAGUCACCUAUUGACGGCCUAAUGACGGAGGACGACUGGAACAAAAGCGACGAUGAUCUCUACGAUGGCGACCUGUUUAGCAUGACAUUCAGCGAUGCAAUCUACUCGGACACGUAUGAGAUGAUGUGGGAUCUCUUCGGCAAGAGAGAAGGCAUGUUGCUGUUUGAACGGUUCCUGCUGCGCACACGUGGCUCUCACCUCAUACCACUGUGGGUGGACAUACGCGAUGCCAUCAUCAGUGCAGCACACACACCCGGCAACAACGAGUUCAAGCGAGCAACUGCUCACAGAAGUGUCAGCAAGCUUCUGCCAAAGUACGUUGGACUGGUUCCAGUGCCACUUCAGAAAUAUGUCCAACUAGCGUGCAGUGGCAGCAGCAAGAUCAGCUUGGCACGUGUCUGCCAGGGUAUACUGGUGCGUCUGCAGAGCUACUGGUGUCCACGCUUUGUCGUCGACUUGCUGCGCAAAGAUCAGGAUAAGAAAUGGGGUGAGUACCUGACAAAUGCGUUAGUGAAAGGCAAGCCGAAAGUCAUACUGCCACGGCUGGCUCCCAGAGUCUAUUCCCUGCACACUGCACGCCCAGUCAGCAACACAAUAAGGAUUCCCAGAGAAAACCCAGGCUUGCAGGCCGGGCUAGACGCGGAUCAAAUAUGCGGACGUCCAUUCCUGAACUAUAUCAACGAGAAAGCAAACGUCGCCAACAGACGACACAUACAGUCGUGUUACUUCUUCCUGGUGUCGCUGUGGGCUAUUGAUAACAGUACGAUUAUGGCAACUAACUUGAUCAAACCACAGAUGUGUGCACUCUACAACACGUUCAUUGGCUCAGGGUCACCAUCACCUAUCGGCCUGUGUGAAGGCGACGUUGAGGAAGUGAAGGAGGCACUGAAGCAGAAACGCUCCAUUCCAAGCAUGAAGAUCUUCCUCAUUCCACAAGCAUUUGCGCAAACAUGCCUGGACGAGGUCUGGGAAGACUUCAAGCACGAUCAAGUCUGCCAUUUUGAGAACAUGGUUCUUCCGCUGGUCUUGCAUCAUUUCCCUCUCAAUCCCAAAAGCGCAAAACCGCCAAGACGUGUUGCAAGAGGUUUCCAGAGGGCGGCUGCCAAGGCGGAUAGGAACAGAGUGCCCGUGCGGAAACCCAAGGAGACGGCUCAGAAACCGGUCAAGAAGACGACCAGGCGGCUCACACUUGCCACCGUGGCGCGAGAUGAAAAAUUGGCUGCCGAGUUCCACGACUACCUCCUGGACACGGGCAACGCACAGUGCUUAGACUAUCUUCUCCUGGACCAGUUUCUGGUCGAGCUCAUGGCCAUUGACGGCGAGGCCAAACCGGAGAAGUUCCAAGCUGCCGCCAGCAACAUACAAAGGUUCUUCCUUGGUAACAAUGCAGAAAGGGCUAUCGCUCUUCCGCGUGAAAUUGAAGCCAUAUUCCGCCCCGCAGGUAAAGCGCAUGGCCCAACACCAACACGCGACCAGUAUCGUCUGGUUGGCGAGUUUGUUCGAAGCAAGCUGAAGGGAGUGUUUGCUAGAUUUGUAGCGAGGAAGCGUGCAGACACCGGGACUGGGCACGGCGAGAUUUACGAGAGCCCGGCGGACGAGACGCGUGCAAUCCUGACGGUGUACCCGCGUGACCAGGUGCCUUUAGGCUGGGGCUAUGGCAUUGUACGGGUAACGCCGACGGGCAAGGAUUUCAACUCGUUCUGCACGGAGCUGAGGAAAUGCGCUAUGGGCGUGUACUCUGAAAAGAUCAAGCAGUUUGAGUUUCAUUUGUGCACACGCAGAGCUGAUGCCAAUAAGUUCUACGCCAAUGAUCUGAACUUCCACGUGGAGAUUACUCGCUUGAGGGGCUUUGAGGACCAGGCCAAGCUAGCUGAUAUGACUAUGCAGAAGCGCGAGGCCAUUGUCAACAAGUACCUGGAUUCGUGCUUCCCGCCGUGGCUCCAAGUCGACCUCACGCCCAAGUUUGCCAACGACAUCAUGCUGGCCGUGCGCAGCAUUCGCACCACGCACCGAACCGCCAUAAUCAAACGCAUGAUGUUCGCUGACCGGGCAAGAAAGCUACUGACCUAUGCUCAGUCGGCUGUGUUCCACAAGCUCUUGCCGGCCUGGGCUGGCUUCUGCCUCAUGCUGAAGAACGUGCCUCACAGAAACUUCCAAGACAUCAAGAACUGGCCUGAUGCAGCGCGGCAACUGGCUGACAUACGGCACACUGUACCCGCUCCACCCAGCUCGCCGGUAUUGCUGGAAGUGCCACCGCUGCCUCCCGGCGAACAUGACGACAGGGAAUACGGGCGAGGUGAUGAGAGGCCUGACCGGGGCAGAACCCUCACCAUCUCCUUGCAGUAUGGAUGCAGAUGGAAAACCAAGAAGCCCGUUGAGGAAGUCACAAAACCAUUGCUACCAUCACCACCGGAGGCCACAACCUCAAAUUCACCACAUGACUGAGGCCAAUGGACGGCAUUGGAUGGACUAACAACUAGCUAAACUACUUGAACUACAACUGUACACUGUACAUGAUGUCGUCGGGGAAGAUGCGUAGUGGAGCCCGCCAUCGACUGAGCAUAAGUCUGUGUGCGACACUGGUGCUUCAUGCCAAUAUAGAUCUGGAUUUGACCGGGACAGGUGCUUCAUGGUCUACGUCUGGGUUCGAUAGCGCUGUCGUAUUGCUGCUGUGUCCGCUGCAUGUGUCUGAUCAACUAUUUAUACAGUACUCUGUCAGUACGAUGUUUGUGUGCCGGUAUUGGCUACAAAUGGUUUUGUAACUUUUGUUGCUCAUCGAACUUCCAAUAUCACAGUACGUUUCAAAUUGUCAACACAACAAACCUUUUGCAGUAACUUUUUUAAAAUAAUUGGUAUCCUUCGACUCAAUCCAAGCUAGUCAGUACUACUAGUAGUGUGGUGUCCGGUGUGUCAGUCCGGUGUGUCACAGUAUCGUGUUCCGCAUUGUCUGUUCUGGCAUCGCACCGACUCCGGCACACGGCACACAUGACCGACACAGUCUAUUAUUCGUUGUCUCUUGCUAAAUGUAUUUGCUAUAUUCCCGGCUGGGCAAGUGAGCAAACACUUCAGUUUAUUAUGGUUAUUCUCCGGCUUGGCGAGUGUUUUUUUUUUAUCAGGCUUGAAUGUGAUCUGGUGUGGCCCCGGCAGGUCCGUCUGUCUUGCAGAAUUUUCAAUUUCCCGGGUCAAUCAUGAGUGUCCGGGCGUGCCGUGGCUGCUGCAGGAUUUCAAUAUUGAAUGGUGGCACUCAGGCUGACUGGCAGGCAGGGCCAGAUCGUUGGUUCAUCUUCAAACUGGCUUUGAUCUUGCUCCUUUAUACAUGCCCGAAAAUGUGGUGCAUUCCAUUUAUAUCUAAUAUAUUUUUUUUUGGAAGUGAAGUGAACUUAUGCAACGAAGAGACCGUAGUUGGAGAGUUUGAA